AGAGCACGAGGGCUCCUUUUUCAUAUUGGCGCCUGUUUUUGCUCAGUGUUGUACCUGUUUCCGCUUAUUCAUACACAAAUUUAAUAAUACCAUAAUAAUUAUGUCAAAUGCAUAAUAUCUGAGGGUAGACAACGGUCGCCGGUGCUGUUCGAUAUUCUUGUCUAAUCCGUCGCCAUUUCUAAAACUGAUGUCGCCCUAUUCCACUGUACGGCUAAAUUGCCUUUUACGACUUUACUAUUAUUGUGGUAACAAUCAUUUGAUGCCUUACAUUAAAUAUAUACUGACAACAGUAAAUAGUUUGAAUAAUUUCAAGGUUGAAAACAAAUAAGUCUGCACAAUCGAACCAAUAGAAUUGCUACUGCAAAAUGUAUUAACUAAAGACACAAUUGUGAAGCAGUAUACUAAGACAGAAAGUCAGUUAUUUAACAAUACAUAACAUACUUCUUGAUCUGGGAACAGCGUAUUGCACAUUCGACUGUAUCCGAAAAGGACCUAAGCGUACGAUAUUUUCUGUCAAUUAGCUAUGUAUAUACUGCUUGCUGCCCAUUCCUAAAUAGAAGUAAAACAUGACCUAUAAAUGCAAUUAUCGUUCCCGGUGCAAUACAAUUGCACUUUUUACGCUUUUGCAUAUCGGCCAAAAACUAAAAGGAAACGAUGCUAGUGUACAGUUUCAUCAGCAGUCAGUCGACAACAAAUAUAACAUAACUGAGACAUUUCAAGAUGAAAUGGAACAAAUGGAUUCACCAAAGGACCAAAAGCUUAUCGUACGGUUGCCAUCCAACACACUUCUCAAGUACACCUCCUAUAAAGAUGUUUCUAUACUUCACUUUCGAGUUCCAUCAGAUUCGCGAGCUGCGUACUUUAGUUUUAAAGGGUUCGAAGAAUCAAAGAGUGCCUUUCAAAGAAAAUGCAAGCCUAAGGAUGUUACUCUUCAUUUAAAGGCUAACAGUUUUCCUGUAAUAAGUCCCGAAAAUAUUACUUUUCCAAAGAAUUUUUUAAUCUCCGACGAAAGAUUCAAAGUAUAUAACCUGGAGUUUAUGUCUGAUCAGACGAAACAUCGCAUUGAUAUACAGAGUCCUCAAAUAGGAAGUUGGUUUGCAGUUGCUUUCGUCAGUUGGACAGAUCCAAAUAAUGAGCGCAUUGAACAGCAGGGUCUUUCUUCGUCAUGCGAUACGUUGCUUUUGGCGGAACUGUCUGUAUUACGUUUCUACCCAAGCAUUAUAAAUAGCGGACAAGUGACAACUGGCAGUCUAACCAGUUCGUUUAUCAAUUACAAGCAUAAGAUACACAGCGCUAGUAACAGCACCAGCAAAAGACGCACACCCACAGACAACGAGACACCUGCCAAAGACAGUGAUAAAAAUGAUGGGAACAAUAUGCCACAGCGUGCAAGAAUUUUAAAGCAGCAUGAAAAGCAUCUGCAAGAAUUGAGUAGCCCAACUAAAAAUACUUCUUAUACGCUAAGCAAAUCCAGUUCAAAUAACAAUGACUGUAAGAGUAAUGCCGCUAAGCUUGCAACUAAUAAUGAACAAAUUUACAAGUUCUAUGUGCCAGAUAACAUCGGUGUAGCUACCGCGCGACUAGCGUUCGCUGAAGUGUGUGUGGAUUGUCCGGACAUCAGCUUCGUUACUCAGGCAAACGCGUUUCCACAAAUCUGCAGAGAAGGGCAAGGUUUGGCCGGAAACGAAUAUAACUAUCUCCACAGAACAGUUAUCAAACCAAAUCAGACUGAAGAAAUCUCAAUUCAAUUUUAUGUUCAGCCUAAUACAUGGCACUAUGCCCUUCUAAAUUUUGUCAGCUCUGCAGAUGACUAUCGGAUGGCUUCAAAUAAUGAAUAUAUGACGACAUUAAGCCUUAUGAAACCUAAAUUGAGUCAACAAAAUGGAACAAAUAAUUUCAACUCGGCAGCGUACAACGUUUCGUAUACACUACAGAUCGAUUUUGAAGAGCUAAAUAUACACAAUGAAUCUUGUAAGACCCAGCCUCAGGCAAAAAAUGGGUGUAAGAAUAAUUGGCAACCAGUGCGCAUUCGCGGAAUAAAUUUCUAUCCCCUCCUGCGUCAGAGCUAUCAUGAAUUUUUUAUGUUUGAUUAUGACUUAGAGCCGGAUGAAAACGGUACAGUUCCUGCAUUACUUAACCUAACAGCCCAUUAUUCAGCAGGAUUUGCCUUUGAGCUGGGCGAGGUAUACGAUAUUGGCGGAACGCUCACAUUUGCCGUGUCCAUGAAGCCCGAGCUUCGCUUCAGCAGCGACAUAAAGCCAAUAUCACCUACGACGUCGCCACCAUUAGAAAGGGGUGGAAUUUUAGCUGAGAAGCUUGUGAGCACAUUGGAGGACGCAGGACGUGUGAUGGGCCAUGAGCAGCUACCCCGCGGCAACCAAAGUAUGCAAAUCAUUGUGUGCAUGCAUCUUGGCGUCCCAGGCAUUCCUACAUGGCCCGAUAAAUGUCGAUAUGGUGAAAGACUGCUGCCAGCUUCUACCAUAAUCAAUAAUACUGAUAUAAUGGGUCUAAUACAUGUGCCCUUCCCAGAAAGUGGCCUCUGGUUUGUCACUAUGGGCUUGUAUUGCCACGGAGCAGAAACAGCGCGUGUUACUAUCAUUGACAGCGUCAAGGACUUUGUGCGACAACACGAGAAUUUGCUUCAUGAAAUGCGCAAUCCCUGUGCUUGUGCUGGAAAUGCCAAGCGCUAUGCAGCUUGCGUUGGGUCGAAAGAUUGCUUGGCCGGUAUGAACGAAACUGAGACGCUAAAAGUAAAGGAGUGCAUGAUGGACUCUAAGUGUACCACCGACUAUUUGGAAAUGACGCACCUCUUUGGAGUACAUCACAGAUCGGCAACGGAACAGCAGUUUGCGCUAGAUAACUGCAACACCUCGGUGGUUUUCUCAAUAUCAUCGAGUCCCUGUGUAGCAGGGCGUUGUGGUCGCUUUGGCCGCUGUUAUCAUUACAUGUCGGGAGGUUUUGUAUUUUCAACAUGCAUUUGUAAUAAGGGAUACCGCGGCUGGGAUUGUACUGAAAGCUCGCAGGUGCCUUCGAGUAUGUCUAUCCUCAUGGCCUCGCUGCUACUCACUUUGAGCAACCUUCUAUUUAUACCAAGCAUUUACUUGGCCAUUCGGCGCAAAUACUAUACCGAAGGUGCAAUAUACUUUUUUGCUAUGUUUUUCUCAAUUUUUUAUCAUGCAUGCGACUCAGGAGAGGAGGAAUACAGUUUCUGUUUAGUAAAGAUCAGCGUACUGCAAUUCUGCGAUUUCUAUUGUGGCUUAUUAGCCAUUUGGGUGACACUUAUUGCAAUGGCCCAUAUUCCUCAGCAGUUUGUCUCUCUACUUAGCAUGUUCGGUGCGAUUCUGCUAGCUUUUGGUACAGAACUAAACAAGCAGAGCCUCUGGGUCUUUCUAGCUCCAGCUUUAACAGGCAUUUCGCUCAUCUCGACUAGCUGGGGUAUACGCUGCGCCAAAACUCGCAAAUGGUUUCCUGCUCGACGUUACCUUACUAUUUUUACGCCACUCGGCAUGGUACUGGUAAUGAUUGGUCUGGUCUGUUACGCAUUUCUCCAGACCAAGCAGAACUAUCAUAUUGUUCACUCUAUUUGGCAUAUGGUUAUGGCGCUAAGCAUUAUGUGUUUGUUGCCAUCACGCAAAACAUUCAUACCUAGGCUCUAGCACUUGGACAUUUUUCUUUCGGGUCAGAGGCUAGCCUGCGUUUGCUACGGCACUCCUUAUUGCGCAUCUAAUGUGCGCCAAUUUUUUAAAUUUCACAAACCUCAAUAUAUAUAUAUAUAUGUAACUAUAUGCCAUAUUUAAAUAUGC